AUGAUCGGCAACAACAACAAGAUCGCCGUCCUGUGCCUCGCCGUCGCGGCACUCUCGAGCGGCGUGCACGCGGAGCAACAAGCUGCCCAGACGUUUGGACAUCUCGGCGUUGGCCUCUACGGCUACCCUGCCGGAUACUACGGACACGGCGUUGGUGUGGGCCUGGGUGGCGUUGGCGUCGGCGUCGGUGGUGUGGGCGUCGGGCUCGGCGGUGUAGGCGUCGGUGUGGGUGGCGUGGGCGUCGGCUACAAUGGCUACAAUGGCUACAACAAUGGCUACAAUGGCUACAACAACGUUGGCGUCUACAAUGGCUACAAUGGCGGCGCCGUGGGCAACGCUGGUGCUGCUGGUGCAGCGAACGCUGGUGCUGGCGCCUCCGCGAGUGCGAGCGCAAGCGCCAGGGCGAAUGCUGGUGCGGCGACCCAGUACCGCAAGCUGCGCUCGGAGUAA